AUGACGGCCAGCAAGCGGGUGGCGAAGGAGCUGGAGGAUCUUCAGGAGAAGCUUCCCACGUACCUGCGGAACCUGUCCAGCGAUGAUGCGGACGUCCUGGUGUGGCAUGUGCUCCUUUUGCCCGAGAAACCACCCUACAACCUCAAGGCCUUCCACCUGCGCAUCAAUUUCCCCAAGGACUAUCCGUUCAAGCCCCCUACAGUGACAUUCACCACCAGGAUCUACCACCCUAACGUGGACCACAACGGAAGCGUUUGCCUGCCCAUCAUCAGCCGUGAGAACUGGAAGCCUCACACCAAGACCUGCCAAGUCUUGGAGGCCCUCAGCGUGCUGGUGAAUAAACCAGACCUAGGGCAGCCGAUUCGGGUGGAGCUCGCGGAUCUGCUGACAAAGAACCCGGAGCUGUUCAACGAAGAGGCCAGAGAGUUUACCCUCAAGUAUGGAGCGGACCGGCCCUCCUAA